AUGAAUGGUGCGGUCUUCAGCCGGUCCCGGAGCCGGCGGGACGCAUCUGAGGGUGGCCCUCGAGGAGGGGGCACCGGCCGGUGGGGAGACGAGUCCCUACGCAGCCUAGGGGGCGAGACUCGACGCCGGGAAGGGGAAGAGGCCGACCUGCGAGGGAGCCAGAGCGCCAGGGUGGCGGGGGGAGAGGGGGCUGCCAAGAUGGCGUCGUCCUCCGGGUCGUCGUCGGCCGGGAAUACCUCCUUGGAGUUGGCGAGUAGCAGCGGCUCCUCCAGCUUCGUACAGUCGACCUUCAAAAAAUCUUUGACCCCUUCCUCUGAGGUAUCUAGUGCCUCUGUGGUAGCCAAGAAAAUAGGACAUAGAAGUGUUGAUUCCUUUGGGGAGACAACUUCAUCAGCCCUGAAAGGUGCCAUUCAGCUAGGUAUUACCCAUACUGUUGGCAGCCUCAGCACCAAACCAGAACGAGAUGUCCUCAUGCAAGACUUUUAUGUGGUGGAGAGUAUCUUCUUCCCAAGUGAAGGGAGCAACCUGACCCCUGCCCAUCAUUACAACGACUUCCGUUUCAAGACUUAUGCCCCUGUUGCUUUCCGAUACUUCCGAGAGUUAUUUGGGAUACGGCCCGAUGAUUAUCUGUAUUCCCUGUGUAGUGAGCCACUGAUUGAGCUCUGCAACUCUGGAGCCAGUGGAUCUAUCUUCUACGUGUCCAGUGAUGAUGAAUUCAUUAUGAAGACUGUCCAGCACAAAGAGGCUGAAUUUUUACAGAAGCUGCUGCCAGGAUACUACAUGAACCUGAAUCAGAAUCCACGAACUCUGUUGCCCAAAUUCUAUGGGCUAUACUGUGUACAGGCAGGUGGUAAAAACAUUCGAAUUGUGGUGAUGAACAACCUGCUUCCACGCUCAGUCAAAAUGCAUGCUAAGUAUGACCUCAAGGGCUCAACCUACAAACGGCGCGCCUCACAGAAAGAGCGAGAGAAAGUGUUCCCCACCUACAAAGAUCUGGACUUCCUGCAAGAUAUUCCAGAUGGCCUCUUUUUGGAUUCUGACAUGUAUAAUGCCCUGUGCAAGACACUGCAGCGAGAUUGCUUGGUGCUACAGAGCUUCAAGAUCAUGGACUAUAGUCUGCUGGUGGCAAUCCACAAUAUGGAACAUGCACAACGAGAACGGCUAUCCACUGAUGUGGGCCCAGGGAAUGAUACACGGAAGCCAGCCACACAGAAGGCUCUCUAUUCCACAGCUGUGGAGUCCAUCCAGGGUGAGGCCCGGCGAGGAGGCACCAUGGAAACAGAGGACCAGAUGGGUGGCAUUCCUGCCCGAAACAAUAAAGGAGAUCGCCUGCUGCUCUAUAUCGGCAUCAUUGACAUUCUACAGUCUUAUAGGUUCAUGAAGAAGCUGGAACAUUCAUGGAAAGCUCUGGUCCAUGAUGGGGACACAGUUUCGGUGCACAGGCCGAGUUUCUAUGCUGAGCGGUUUCAUCAAUUCAUGUGCCAAACAGUAUUCAAGAAAAUUCCCUUGAAGCUUUCUCCUUCCAAAAAGAGUCGGCUCAGUUCAUCCCUUCGUAGAGUGGGCCCAGGUGGAAACUCCCUCUCACCCUCCCAACUGACAGUCACUGUCUCUGGAGAGAAUAAGGCAGAAAUGACAACGCAAGUGGAAGUGGAACCAGGAGUCUACUCUCGCCGUCCUGAUCUACUUCCCCAAACUCCACCUGUGGAUGAAACCAAUAGUGACUCUGCUGCUACCACCCUUUCUACCUCUCCAGGCAGUGAGAAAUUCAACACACCAGCUAACAGGAUGUAGGGGAACAGAGUAGAGAGCUAGGAAACACUUUUAGUUAACCAGUUAGAGUUCAAAGUAUCAGGCUCUUCUAACUGAUGUUCACAGGUUAUGGCAUUGAAAUGACCUUUAGGGAUAGGAUGGUGAUGAGACCCAAGCAGGGAUGACCCCUUGCCCCAUCUUGACUUUUUUCCCCUAAUACUUUUCCUCCCACAGUUCACCUCCCUCAGAAAGAAUUGAUGUCAUCGUUGAGUCAGAGUUCAGCUGUGUGAGUGACUGAGCUUUGGGAGCCAGGGGUGGGGGGUGGGGGGUGGGGGUGGGGUGGUUGGACUAUUCUUGCCCUGAGCCUUUUCCCCUUUGUGGCUUGGUGACAUGGCCCAAAUUGGGUGGUUGAGAGCCACCUAGGCUGAAGUGAACUUUAAUGAGCCUUCAGUUCCAAGUCUCUUCUAUUCUCUUCUCUUUCCCCACAAUUUGAAUCUCUUUUUUUUUCUUCUCCAGUGAGAAAAAAAACAACAACCUGGCACUUGGAAUCAGAUUCUUCCA